AGCGACUUGUAGCGACCAAGUACUCCGCAUGGGCGCCGCAGUCUGAGGGGCAAGAAUACGAGGCGAAAGACACCAGAUCUCCACGAUCUGGCAUUGACAUCGAGAUGGACUCAAAAACUUCGUGUUUGACUCCAAGAAACAGCCCAUAACCUACCUCAUCCGUCUACCAAGCCCAGGUAGACUGUGCCAGAGAUAUUUUGGUCCCGCCUGGAAAGUCAAAUCACGCAUAAGUGCUGGCGUGUGUCUUUGCUGAUCUCCCCCGCCUCUUUCCCUAUCGCAGAAUGCGUCCUUACAUUCCCACCUCCGGUUCAGGCUCAGGCUCAGGCUCAGGCCAAGGUCAAGGCUCGUCACGACAGCACAUUUCAGCAGCCUGUCUCAAGUGCAAAGUGCGCAAGUCCAAGUGUUCCGGUGGUUACCCCUGUCGCGCCUGCAGUCGAUCCGGUCUCGAAUGUAUAUACGAUGUGACUCUUGACAAGCGACGCAAGAUCCAUCUGGAACGAGCCCAUACUGAGUCGGCGCUCCAAAAGGAGAUGCUGAACCGCCUCCUCGACCUUAUUCACUCCAGCGAAGAUGGGCUUCGAAACAAGCUGAAAGAAGAUGUCCACAUCCAAAACCUUUCACUGAGACUGGGAUUUGAGGCGCCGGAAGCUCCUGUAACCCAAUCAUUUUUGACCGAGCACGACUCGUGGUCUUCAUCUCAGGUGUGGGAGGGUAGUCAAGAGGGCAAUCGUGACAUGAUCCAGACCGGGGAGUUGACAAGGCGGCAUGCGCUGCUCCCGCAAGAAAGCGAUACAACAACUUCCGACACGCAUCCCUCAACAGAUGGUGUCAGCAGGGAAAGUUCAAGCACUGGACAGUUUGAUGCCCAAACGCAAUGGAGCGGGGGCGUAACAAGUCCCAUGGACUUCGACCCUCGAGACCAGUAUCGAAUCUUCUGCUCCAAACCCCACGAGAUCCCGCCCAUCAAAGCCAUCAGCGUCUUCGGAAGUGCACCAUCGCACCUAACCCAGCAGAUGGGGAGUCCUAAUGCGACCCAGGGCAAAGUCGACCUCCACAUCCCUGAGUACCUGAUAAUGCCGGCCAUAUUCGAGGAAGAAAGAUGUCCUUUGGCUGCCGCGUACACUGAUUUCCGGGAUUAUGGACGAAAACGCCUGGCUGAGGGAGCAUCUGUCGAAACUGUCUUGGGCCCUCCUGAAGUUUGUUUGAACAUGCUGUUUCGCGGUCGCAGACCUGGGGACCUGCACACGCCAAAUACGUGGGCUUGCCAGUAUAUGCGUCUUCUGAAAGACUUUGACAUAUACGUAACUCUUGCUUUCGUCUUCACCUUUUCGCGCUUCAUGCGGUGGGCGAUUGCGCCUUCUGAAGAAUCAUAUGCGCUACUCCCCGAGGCGAUGCGUCCGACACCACUUCAAAGAAUAGUUCCCCAUCACCCAGGAGUUGAUCUUGCGAUUUUUCCAGAAAUGCGCGACGGCCUCGUUCACGAUAUGCGUGACUAUAUCGUGGCUAUGCAGACGUUUGGAUGUAGCGUCAACUGGCAGUAUGGUCUGGACGCAGUGAUGGACGUUGACUCUCAAACUGGACUCAUUAUCGUGACAGACACAUUCGCAAAACACGUAUGCAAUCUGGCAAACUGGUCCGUUAGCCAGAAGUUUGCCGAGGUCUUUCCCGAACUGCGAGGAUAUUACAACAUUAUUGAUCAAGAUACGAUACCUAGAUCAGAAGCCAACAUCGAUGAGUUCUUCAAGGACCAUGGCAUGGAGCAUUCUUUAGCCAAGAGUUCAGCCUGGUGACCCAACUAUCGAGGUGGAUAGGAUUUGAUCAACACCAUGGAGGGGAUCACUUCCCUUAUAUGCCCUUUGCGAGGGCCCCGGAGGGCUCACUGGGGCUCGUAGCUCCUACCCAGGCAUGCCGCCAGGAGCAAAACUGAGGAGAAGAUUCUCCGCGAGCCGCUGAUUGGGAGCACCACCCUGCCCGGAAGUACAUCUCCAUCAGAGCGCGGCAAGAUGCUCCGAUACUAAUGUCAUUGGCUCUGCCGCCCGGAAAGCAUCCGCUCCAGGCUGAUGAUCAACCUUUCAUUCUUGACCAGCUACCACCUGCACGCAUCUGCCAUGCUGCCUGAGGCGCCUGAAGACAUACCCCUGGCCAAACACGCCGGGAAGGGGCGAAUCCCGAAACUUUUGCCUUGACGGGCUGGCUCUCCACCCAGUCAGAGGAUUAUUUCUAUAGACUUGAAACCUUGAAGUACUCGAUGAAAAAAGUAGCUUCAGGGAGAGAAUUUCGGGAUUUCCAAUCAACUACAAUACACACGGAAUCACACGACAUCAAGACUUCAAAUGACGGUUAAAAUCUACUUUCCAAGAUCCUGCCACACCCCCCAGUGACCAGAUCGCUCUGUGACUGUCACCACUUCAAGAUUUGACGACUCCUCUGGCUUCCGAUUGGAGCCGAAGGAGUUCACUGCACACCAAGCGAUGCAUGAAUGUUACAAGUAUUAGUUGCCCGUCGCCAACAGUACUGGACUGAGGUGAUCAUUCCCUCAUCAAGGAGCCACAGGGUUGAUGUUGUGUGAAGUCUGUGGAGUGGGCUUGAGCUCUCCUACUCGGCGUGAUACAAAAUGCACGCAAUGGUUGGAUUGAAGUCGAAUGCCCAACAUUCUCUUCCUCGAAAGCAG